AUGAUCGAUAACCUGAAGGAAACUGGGGUCCUUCAAAAGAGAUCAACAUCAUCAACAUCAUCAUCAUCAUCAUCAUUAUCAUUAUCUUUUUUAUUUCAAUCAAAAAGAAUUACUCCAACUCUAGUUUUAUCUUUUAAACUAUUAAUAAUAAUAACUUUCCAAACACUCCAGAUAACCUAUAUUAAAACACAACUCUUUUUGUCACAUUUGGCAAGUCAUCUACUGAAAAUGUCUACCUCUAUAAAUCAAGCCAUUUUCCAUCAACAACAAUAUAGAAGAAUUUACAACCAAACCUGUGGAAAGAUGCAUAGUAGAUGGGAAUACUAUAUUUUAGGAUCAAGAGUAUAUGAAUGGUUGGCUGACCAUGAUCCAGUUUAUAUAAGUAAUUUGAUGUAUGAAGAGAUUACAGAGGCCAUCAAUGAAAUAUUUGAUAUCAUUUUGGCACUUUUAGACAUGCUCAAAUCUUCAUCAUCCCUUCUUUCUCCAAUUGUCUACUAUGCCAACAAAUUUGUUUCAAAAACUGGCAUCAAACAUAAUCAAUUAUUUAAUUUAUUACUUACUAGCACCAUUGUUACAUUAAAGUUUUGGUCUGAAAGCGCACCAACCAACAACAAGAUGAUUGCAGAUAUUUUUGAAUUUCCAGUACAUGAUGUCAAUGUCAUGGAAAGACGAUUCUUAUGUGGUGUCGAUUACCAAUUAACUUGUAGUCAAACAGAAAUUGAUACCUUUUUAUCACAAAUCAAUAUUCAUAUACUACGUUCAAAUAACAACAACAACAACAAUAAUAAUAAUAAUAAGUGUAUAAAUAAUAGUGUAACAUCUGAAAUAAUUGGAUCCACUUCAACCAAUUCAGUAGCUUGCAUUCAAACUCACCAAUGCGCACAUUGUAAAUAA